AUGGUCUUCAAGCCUUUCAAGCCUCCUUCCAUUAGGAAGCCCGAGACAUCCAUGGAGGAAACCGAGGACUCUCACCCUCCAGCCAAGAAACCUCGCCUGGAGAAGGAUGAGCCAACGCCCGCAGACACGCGACCUCCGCCAUCAUUAGGUGCCCGAAAGCCAUUGGUACCAGUCAGGAACGGGAAAGACUCUUCAGGGAAACCCUCGAAGAAAGCUGCCCCUAAGCCAGGCGCAGGCGAACGAUAUUUCAAUGCCCUUUGGAGAAAACCAACGACAAAGAAAAACAAGACUUGGGAUGGAGACGCUAUAAUCGUGGCCCGCGGCACCCUUUUAUCUCUACGAGAUGUCGGAGGCAAAGACAUGGGACGGGUGAUUUACCAACAAGAGCUCGAGCCGGGAAAAAUGCUAUAUAUUUCCGGGAGAGAGGUUGAGAUCGACUCCGAAAUACCGCGAGCGGAAUAUCUAGCCACAAAACCAGCGGGGGAAGAGGCGAAACCAGCGCCGACGCCGCCAAAAGCGCCGGUCAACAUGUCCCUAGCUGCGCUGAGGAUGGCCAUGGGGAAGAAUCCUGCCAAGCCAGCUGCCCCUAAUGCGACCACGUCUUUAAAACGAACUUCAUCUGCGUUGGAGGAUGGACAUCCUUCCAAUGCAUCUAUAACCCCGACCUUUGCUGCUUACAAGGCACCUUUACUCGAGAAUACGGUCGUUUCAUCGAACGCCACAAAGGCCGUUCCACGACAUGAUCCCAAUGCGCCAGGGGCAUUGGUGAUGCCGAGACCGAAAUCAGUCCCCGAGGGAAAGCAAAUCGUGGAUGUGGUGGUCGACCCGUUAUUGGUAAAGAGUCUCCGACAACAUCAGCGCGAAGGUGUACAGUUUCUUUACGAGUGUGUUAUGGGCAUGCGAGACUUCAACGGCGAGGGAGCGAUUUUGGCAGACGAUAUGGGUCUUGGCAAGACACUCCAGACCAUCGCAUUGCUAUGGACGUUGUUGAAACAGAACCCCAUUGCCGGCAAUGCCCCGGUCAUCAAAAAGGCACUGAUUGUCUGUCCAGUGACGCUGAUCAAUAAUUGGCGAAAGGAGUUUCGCAAGUGGCUCGGAAACGAGCGAAUUGGUGUCUUUGUCCUUGAUGAUAAUCGCAGGCGUCUGACUGAUUUCACAAAAGGAAAGGCUUACAGUGUUAUGAUUGUGGGAUACGAGAAGCUAAGGACGGUCCAUGAGGCUUUGGCAAGAGGUGCAGGGGUCGAUAUCAUUAUUGCCGAUGAAGGUCACCGACUCAAGACGCUCCAGAAUAAGAGUGGUCAAGCCAUUCAGAACCUCAAUGCUACUAAGAGAGUCAUUCUCUCCGGUACGCCUAUCCAGAACGAUUUGAGAGAGUUUUUCGCUGCUGUCGACCUCAUCAACCCUGGGAUUCUCGGCAACUUCAAGGCUUUCAUCAAAGAGUUCGAAACCCCAAUUGUUCGAAGCAGACAACCAGAAGCUACCAGCAAAGACAUCGAAAAGGGCGAAUCCAGAAAUGAAGAGCUUAGAGAACUCACAUCCAAGUUCAUCCUCCGCAGAACAGCCGACGUUCUGGCUAAAUACCUCCCUCCAAAGUCAGAAUACGUGCUCUUCUGCAGACCGACGCCAGCCCAGGCAAAUAUCUACCAAGCUGUUUUAGCAUCUCCGAUAUUCCAGACAGCGAUGGGAAAUGCCGAGAGUGCUCUCCAACUGAUCACCAUCCUGAAGAAGCUAUGCAACAGCCCGUCUCUACUAACGGCCAAGAAUAACGACAAUUCACCUAGCGAAACUGUCGCUGCUCUUCUAUCUUCCCUACCACCAGCUCUCAUGCGCCAUUUCUCUCCUUCAGCGAGCGCCAAAGUCCGUGUCCUCGACCAACUCCUCGACAGCAUCCGCUCCAACACAUCGGAGAAAAUCGUCCUUGUAUCAAACUACACCUCAACCCUAAACCUCCUCGCCACCCUCCUCUCAUCUCUCGGUCUCUCAUUCCUCCGCCUUGACGGAAGCACUCCGGCUCAAAAACGCCAACCACUCGUCGACGACUUCAACCGUCAACCCGCCGAAAAGUGCUUUGCCUUCCUCCUAUCCGCCAAAGCGGGAGGCACAGGCCUCAACCUGAUCGGAGCAAGCCGUCUCGUUCUUUUCGACGUAGACUGGAACCCUGCGACGGAUAUCCAAGCUAUGGCGCGUAUCCAUCGCGACGGACAAAAACAUCACUGUCGUAUCUACCGCGUCAUUCUAAAGGGUAGUCUGGAAGAAAAGAUCUGGCAGCGCCAGGUAACAAAGCUAGGAUUGGCGGAUAGUGUCAUGGAGCAUAAGGAUAGCGUUUCGCAGUUCUCGACCGCCGAACUACGCGAUUUAUUCCGACUUGACCAGGAAAGCAUUUGCCAGACGCAUGAUCUUGUAGGAUGUGACUGUGGGGGAAGGGGUAUUAUGUCCUUGCCGUCCUCGGGCACGGUUACUCCCAAAGAGGAAUCAGAGGUGGAGGAGCUUAGCGAUGAUGGAUCCUGUGAUUCCCUACCUGAUGAUCCCUGUCUUCUGAAGGCGUCGAAAGUGGAUAUGGACGAACAGGAACGUUCUAUUCGUCAAGGAACGCAUCGUGGCCAGCGCUAUGCUAAGAAUGGAAAGGGGAAGGCUGGCCAGAAGGACAAGAUGCAUCAAUCUCUGGCGCAGUACGCUCAUAUCGACCCGGCUCUUCUGUCUGGGGAAACCGACGAGGAUCUCUCAGCAGCCGUGGAUGACGAUGUUCUCGUCUCGUUGCUCAAAGAUGAAUGUAAUCGGAUCGGAUACAUCUUCAAGAAAACGAGUGGUGCGGAGGUCGAGACUAAGGAGCCGGAAAAAUAG